GAUUUGUUAAAGAUAAUAAUUAUCCAGUUUAUAGUUACGUAAAUUAUAAAGAAAUUGAAGAAGCAAAAGAACUUAGUCAACUAUGGAAUUUAGCAAAUCCUAAUUAUAAAGAAUUUAUUUCAUCUUAUAAAAAUUAA